AGGAUCGUGCCCGCGCCUUACCUGGUGGAAGAGCUCGAAGAGGAGCUCCUCGGUCACCUUCGUCUCCAGGUUACCCACGAACAGAGUGCGGUCGGCCUCCGCGGCCGCCGCCCCCAUCUCCGCCGGGCUUCCAGACUCGGGCCUAGUCGGACUGCUCGCGGGCGGCCGGCCGACCGUACUACGCUCUCUGAGGCACCCGCGUCCUCUCGUUCUGACGUCACGACGUAAACGCCCGUCGCGCGCGAGCGCAGGGCCGCUACGCAUGCGCGCGGGAGGAGCCCGUUUCCGGCGGCGGCUCCUUCCGCCGUUGCGUUGAAAAUGGCUGCUGGGGUCACUAACGGUUGCCUCCGUCGCAGGCUGGAGUGAUCUGCGGCGCUGCCGAGGGCCCAGUUUGGUCGACGUACGUCAAGCAAAUACUGCGGGCGGUGUUUGAAGAUGGCUCAGAACUCGGCGUCUCUGUCGGCCGGCGAUCAAGCCAACAGGGUGGCCUACCGGUCCUCCCAGGGAGAUCUCAACCAGCCUACCAUGGCUUGGGCGAUGGUCUCCGGAGACAGCUUCCUGGUGACCAGUCUUGAACCGAAUCAGGCAGGACCUCGCCCGCCAGCGCGACCCAGCGUUCGGACCGACAGACGUCGAAUGUCCGUCGGUGGCCGCAGCCGAAGUCGCCAAGGCAGAUUCUCGCCUUACCCGAUCCCUGGCGUCAAGCUCGACCUCUUAAGAAGUGUGCUGCAGCAGCGUCUGGUUGCCAUGGGAACUGCCCUGGUAGCCCGCAUCUCGGCGUAGAACAAAUGCCUCCUCUCCCGUAGCUUGCAAACAAGGCCUCUCUGAAAUCAUUUGUUGCUGUAACGACAGUUUUAUUUUUACUGGUGUAUUUUCACCGAGGUUGGCGGUUAAUAUAGCCUAUCAAAGUAGAGUUUGGCCGGGCUUAGUGACACACGUUUUUAAUCUCAGGAGACGGGCUCUGAGUUCCAGGCCAACCUGUUUUAGCUAGUUUGGGGGCGUCUUAAUAGCGAUU